ACUUUUAAAAGCUCUGUUUUUUCAUUUAGAGACCACACACUGUUUUUUGUCACUAGCUUGGCUGCCAUGGCGAAACCAGUUUCAAUUGAAGUGUGGAAUCCAAAUGGGAAAUACAGAGUUGUUAGCACCAAACCCAUGCCUGGAACUCGUUGGAUCAAUCUCUUGAUCGAUCAAGAUUGUCGUGUUGAAAUAUGCACCCAGAAGAAAACUAUUCUUUCUAUCGAAGAUAUCAUUGCUUUGAUUGGUGACAAGUGUGAUGGAGUCAUUGGACAGUUGACGGAAGACUGGGGAGAGACUCUGUUUUCUGCAUUGAGUAGAGCUGGAGGAAAGGCUUUCAGUAACAUGGCUGUUGGUUACAACAAUGUUGAUGUUAAUGCUGCCAAUAAAUACGGUGUUGCUGUUGGAAAUACUCCUGGAGUACUCACAGAAACUACAGCAGAGUUAGCUGCUUCACUCUCUUUGGCAGCUGCAAGAAGAAUUGUUGAAGCAGAUGAGUUCAUGCGGGCCGGCUUAUAUGAUGGAUGGCUUCCGAACCUGUUUGUCGGAAACUUGCUGAAAGGACAAACUGUUGGUGUAAUUGGAGCUGGUCGUAUUGGAUCUGCUUAUGCCCGAAUGAUGGUUGAAGGAUUCAAAAUGAACCUAAUAUACUAUGACCUUUACCAAUCUACACGCUUAGAAAAGUUUGUAACAGCUUACGGCGAAUUUCUGAAAGCCAAUGGUGAACAACCUGUUACUUGGAGAAGAGCAGCAUCCAUGGAUGAGGUGCUUCAGCAGGCAGAUGUGAUAAGUCUUCAUCCUGUGUUGGAUAAAACCACUUAUCAUUUGGUCAACAAAGAAAGGCUUGCACUGAUGAAGAAGGAAGCAAUCCUUAUAAACUGUAGCAGGGGUCCAGUAGUUGAUGAAGUAGCUCUGGUGGAGCAUUUGAAACAAAAUCCAAUGUUUCGCGUUGGUCUUGAUGUUUUUGAGGACGAGCCUUACAUGAAGCCUGGACUUGCUGAUAUGAAGAAUGCCGUUGUAGUACCUCAUAUUGCUUCCGCAUCCAAGUGGACUCGUGAAGGAAUGGCAACGCUAGCUGCUCUCAAUGUCCUGGGAAAGAUUAAAGGAUACCCAUUGUGGGGUGAUCCAAACCGAGUAGAACCAUUUUUGAAUGAGAAUGCUCCACCUCCAGCUGCAUGUCCAAGCAUUGUGAACUCGAAAGCCUUAGGUUUGCCUGUUUCGAAGCUGUAAACUAAGAAGAUGAAUACAUCAUCACAUGGGUGCUUAAUAGUGUGAACAGAGUAUUAUCUUAGUGAAUUAUAAAGAGUGUAGACUCUUGUGAGUUUCAUUCUGACAACCAUGUGUAUAUUGCUUAUAUGAUUAAUGUCUUGUAUACUUUGUUUAAUGUGUUGUAAUAUUAAGGCCUAUGAUGCCUCUACAUCCAAUUUUAAA